CUUUGUUUUUGUACUGCCGCCUCGUCAUUUUCAUUAACCAAUACACUGUUAUUCAAACUGCAAAAUAUUUUUGUAUCUGUCUUUUCGAUUCAAAAUGUCACAAACGUAUCCUUUAUGUAAGCAAAUAUAUAACGGUAAUAUGCGCAUGUCCACACAAAAUGUCAACAAUAAUGCGACAAGUUAAUCUUUAGCAACACGCAUAUUUUUUAUAUUUUGUGGCCAAAAUGGAUUUUAUUUCAGAUUUAAGUGGAAAUAUGACGGAAUAUGUUUGUAUUUUGUUGCCACAAAUUUAUCAUGAAGACUUACUCAUAGUGGAAAAGGUGCAAAAGCAAAUGAGGGAUUAUCAAUGGCUGCUGCUGCUAUUGAGUGAACAUUUUUCCGCAGCGAAGAUUAUGGACUACUAUGUGCCACUGUUGGGCGCAUUCCGGCAUGACCUGAUGGUGCUAUUGGUAACGUUACUGGCGUGCGUCAAUACGCUAACUUCACUAAUUAAAUGGGUCAUGCCAGCAAAUCGUCCAUACUGGUGGGUACAUGAAUCCGAUGACAAUUACAAAAUCUUCUUACGCCAAUACCGCGGCAGCUGUGAGACAACAGGCGCAUUUCCUUCCAGCCAUUGCAUUGCAAUGGUGACAUUUAGUUACGUGCUCAUAUUCCAAAUCGAAUGGAGGCACAAAUGGUCAUCGACUUUUCGGACCUUCGUUCGUGUACUUUUAGUGGUGUUGGUGAGCAUUCUCGUAGCGCUAAGUCGAAUUUAUUUGGCUACACAAUUCGCAAGUCAUUGCUUAUUAACGGGUCUUCUGCUAAUCGGUGUCAUAAUGCUGUACGAGCGACAUGCCAAUAUAUUUUACUCGCUAAGCCAAUUGAAAGCUGUGUUGAUUACUUGCUGUUUGAGCCUACUGCCGGUCUUUGUAUAUUUUAGUAUGAAACGUGUGGGCUUGGAUCCACAUUGGUCGGUGCGUAUGGCUUUCAAGUGGUGUAUAGAUCCAGAAUAUAUGCGUCACGAGGAUAGCUCAAUCUUUAUACUGGGUCGCGAUUUCGGUUAUCUAAUGGGUGUGAUGAUGUCUAUGCCACUACGUGGAAGCCAUGAAAGAAGGAUUAAAAUGAAACGCUUUCCGCUGAUAUUCGCCUUGGAAAUACUCAAUUACUAUGCGCGUCUGGAAACGCCGAAAACUUAUGGACGCGUUGCUUUUGUUGCAUAUGAAUUUUUACGCAAUGCUACACACUCCUUUACACUGUUAACAAUUUUACCGAAAAUUACAACAAAACCGCGUGUGGAAUACUAUUUUUUUAGAGCUAUUUUGCCGCAUUAUAAAUAA